UCAACCUAAUCAAGAAAUGAAGGAAAAGAAAGUGGAGAUUCUGAGUAUCACUCUUUACCUCUUCUUUGUGUUGGCAGUAGCAUCUGCAAAGCCGGUCAGUUUGCAUGGAUUACAGUUCAGAAACGUGGUGGCUGACAGCAUGCAAUCCUCUGAGUCCUCUGAGUCCAACGAGUCUUCUUCAGAGAACACUGGCCUGCCACCACAGACGGGCAAUGAUCAGCCAAUGGUCGCUGGCACAGAGGCGGAAAUACCUGAUACCCAGGAGGUGACUGACCCACCAGACACCAACGCUGUAACAUCUGAAACAGCCUUAGCAGUUAAUGAUACUUUGAUUGCUUCACAAAUCGCACAUGAGACUGAAACUUCUUUGGCAGACUCACUAAACGGGACUGAUGUUGAGGCAACCUCACAACAACCAGUAAACAUCACAGCAACAGACACUCCCAGUCUGUCUUCGGAUGUCAUAACCAACCUUACGUCUCUGGCUAUAACAGCGUUGCCUUCAGUCACCGAGGCAACCACAAUCCAAGAGUUCCACGUAGGCACAACACCUCCACCAGCCCCAUACCACAAACCCAUUAUGGAGCAGUCGACACCUCCACCAGUCUACACAGUACAAGGCCUAACACCUCAGCAGACAGUUCCGUUGGUAACAACAAAGGGCAUGUCUGUUGUGCCAGGUUGUUUUACUGUAGUAUACAUAACCAGCCCUCAGGCUCAGCCGGUUCCUGCUAGAGGCGAUAGCAUUUAAAGCAUGCAAGUGCUUUACUGUCGCUACUGGCAAAUACUUAUAAUCUCCUGCACGUCAUAUGGCUAAGUAUCUUUCAAGAGUGAUUGAUCAAUUUUAUUUGGCAGUAAUAUUAUCAAAAAAACAUAAA